AUGCCAGACCUUAGUGGAGCCCCAAAGCUUAAGCAAUUGAUUCUUAGCAAUUGUACAAGACUAUAUAAGAUUCAUGCAUCUCUUGGAGAUCUCAAACAGCUUAUUAUAUUGGAUCUGAGUGGAUGCAAAAGUCUCGAAAGCCUUCCACAAAAUAUCAGUUUGGAAGCACUUGAAAUUUUCAAUCUUGGUAGUUGUUCAAGACUGAAGAAGUUUCCAAAAAUUGUAGGAAAUAUGCCACGUUUGCCAAAACUUUGUUUGAGUGGGACUGCCAUAAAAGAUUUAUCAUUAUCAACAGACCACUUAACUGGCAUUAUCAAAAUGGAUCUAAGAUACUACAAAAUCCUUUCAAGUCUUUCAAAUGGUUGUUGUUUGAUGUCUUUAAAAAUUCUCAAUUUAACUGGCUGCUCACAACUUAAUGAAUUGCCAGAGAAUCUGGGGAACAUUAAAGGUCUGGAGAAGCUAUUGGUGAGUGGAACUGCUAUAACAGGACUACCUUCUUCGAUUGUUCUCUUAAAAAAUCUUAGAGUACUAAAUCUUCAUGGAUGUGAAGGCUUAUCAUUUAUAUCAUCAAAUAAACUCUUCAGAUUUCCUUUAAUGCAAAAAAGAAGAAAAGAUCCCACAGGCAUGUUAGGGCGUGCUCUUUCUAAUUUGCGGUCUUUGACUCAAUUGGAUCUAAGUUAUUGCAAUCUUCGAUCAAUCCCGGAUGGUCUUGGUUGUUUGUCCUCUUUAAGACAUUUACUUCUUAGAGGAAAUAAUUUUGUUUGCCUUCCUAAAAGUAUCGCCCGACUAUCUAAUCUGAAAGAUGAAGACUAUAGAAUUGCUAUUCCUGGAGGAGAAAUUCUGAAAUGGUUUAUCAAUCAAAGUGUGGGGAAUUCAAUGAAUUUGCAAGUACCUUCAGAUUUAUGUAAUAAAUUGAUGGGAGUCACAGUGUGUGUAGUUUUUGUACUCCGCCAACAUCAUCCACUUCACCAACUUUAUUUGCUUUGGUGUUACUUGAAAGCCAACGGGUAUCGAGCUCCUGAGGGAUUGAACUUUCAUUUCGCGGAAACAUUUGGUAAGAUUGAAUCCUGUCACCUUUUGCAAGGAUACUUUCCGUAUAAAUCAUUCGAUCGACCAUUGAAAGAAAAUUUGAGUCAAACAAAUGUUGAUGGAUUUAGUCAAAUUGGGAUUGAAUUUAUUACCCAAGGUCCAGGAUUAGAGGUUACAAAAUGUGGCAGCCGUUUGAUAUUUGAGCAAGACAUUGAAGAUCUAAACCGAACUAUGCCUGGGUGCAGCAUCACUCCUUAUGAGGAUGAUUUCAAAGACUUAGCAAAAGAUACCAAAACUAAGCAAAGCCGUGAUGACUAUAACGGGGAUGAGGCUGGAACCAGUGGAGAAGGUACCUCUAAUGAGGUAGAUGUACCACAUCCAAAAAGGAUAAAGUUCCCUAAUCUAAUUGAAAGAUUAAUUCCGCAUUUGCGAAAUUGGAUUUGGAAUUUAGGCACACAAGGACAAGGCAACUCUGAUUGUAAAAAAAAGGAAUCCCAGUGA